CGUAAAGGAUAAAAAAGCUGUGAAUGUUUUCUUCUAAUCAUGGGGGAAUCUUAGUGUCCGUCAAAUUCAGUAAAAUGAAUCAUGAUAUUUGGUUGCAAAUUUGACGGUGCCUUGCAUGUGGAGAGGUCAGCGCAUUUUUCAACAUGGCGACCCGUAGACCAAAAUGUAAUCAAAGUCUAUUGUGUAUAUUGAUCUAUUUGUUUACAUUCACGUUUGAUGUACAGACGGUGUCCGAGAAUGUGAAGUGGUUAAAAAACAUAAGUUCUGGAAGGCUGCAAUUGAGAAACUUGGGUGAAAAGGAAGAUAAAGUAUACACUGGGCUAAAUGAUGAUGGGUAUUUUCCUGACACAAGGCAGGAGACACCCGAUCCCUCAGUUCUUGGGGGCAUCAAAAUCAAACAUGAAGCCCAGAAACUCUCAGCUCGACUCAGGUGGCUCAGUAAUGAAGAAAUUGGAAUUACCAAGAUGCAGGCAAUCUAUGACUCUUUACCUUAUGAAAAGAAAGAACAGGAUCCCAAAAGUACAUUGCACAAAAUUGCCAGACGUUUGAAGAAGAGGUUUAAAAAUUACAUCCAAGUUCUUCACACCAAUAAAAUCACUGUUCAGAAUAUGUACAAAUUCCAUGUUAGAAACCCAAUGACAAGUAACAUAAGCUGCUGCAUGAUUCCAUCCACUGAAUUUGUGGAAGAUAACCAGUAUGGGUGCAGGAUCUCUAAGAGAACCAGCUGUGAUCUGUACCCCGACAAUGUCAGAGAGAAUGCGUUUAACCCUGGCCGAAUGUUAACGGAAGUAUGGAAGGACAACAAGAAACUGUUCCCUGGAUUGAAAUGGCAGUAUUUCAUAUCUGUAGAUGGUCUCCAUACAGAAUACCCAGCCAAUGCUUUCUCUUGGUUCAACAAUUGUCCCAAGGCUCAUGAUAUCAGACACAGUGAUGUGUACCUGUCCACUGUGCAGCCCCAGCCACAACAUGUUGUCAUAGUGAUGGACCAUGGCAACUCACUUAGUAGUAACCAGCUAAAAACAGCCAAGGGGAUCGCCAAACAGUUUCUGAACUCUCUGUCAGAAAGGGAUAGGGUGGCUGUAUUUGGUUUGGCCUCUCGCCCCUCCUUUCCUCGUGAUCCAAGAGAUGAUUCAUGUUUACCAAACUCUCUGGUCCCAGCUACAUUUGAAGCUAGUCUCUUCUUCAGCAGCUUUGUGGACAAUCUUCGGCAAGAAGAUGCCUCCACCAAUCACUCUCUUGGUUUUCAAACUGCCUUUGAGAUGAUAGAAAACAUGGUUAGGAGAAGCAAGGGAGUCAAUAUAGAAAAUGCCAUGAUACUUUACAUCAGUCGAGGCCUACUGUCCUCUCUAACAGAAGGACGUGACAUUAUGGAGACUAUUUCAAUUCACAAUGGCCGCCUGGACCACAGAGUCAUCAUCAAUACAUAUGCUGUCAUAGAUGAUGGGAAGCAUAUAAUGUUUGAGAAGAGUAUUUUACAAGAUAUUGCUGAACAGAAUUUUCACAAGUAUGAGGUCCAGUACAAGAGUCCAAAACCUGUCAUUGCUGGAAUGAUGGUCACCAUUAAUUCUACAAAAGAUUUGAGUGUGUCAGUGGGCAAGUUCUACCUCCCCCUUAACAAAACAGCCCCUGAAGCCUCAGUCUUCUCUCUACCCUACAUGGACAUGGCAGAUCAGACCUUAACAAUGAGCAUUAGUCAGCCCUGUUUCCAUGGCAAAGAGCUGAUAGGAAUUAUGGGAAUUGACCUACAUAUGGAGGAUGUAGUUCAAGAUGUGACAUACUACAAUCAGGAUAUCAACUCCUAUGUCUUCCUCAUCAAUACUGACGGUUAUACAAUCAUGCAUCCUUCAUUUAAUCGACCCAUGAAAACACGGAUUCAGCCCAUGCAUACUGACAUUUGGCAUUUUGAAAAUAAAGAUGGAUUUGCCAGAAUAAGAAGUGACAUGCUAAAUUUACCAGAAGGAGAAAGGGUGAUGCAAACCAAGAGAGUAAAUACCAACUCCACAGAUGACAACUCGUCUAAAUCAGACUUCACUGCCAAGUACAUCUGGAAGAGGAUUGAAAACACAACUUUCAUUGUGGUACUGAAAGUUUUGACCGAGACGGGAGUCACCCAGACAUUGGAACAACUACAUGUCUCAAAUGAUCCCCAUCUGGUGUAUCAUCGAUUAGACUUAGUUCAACCGAUUGACAUGUGUCUUCAUCGCCAUCUACCAGCAACAACUGACACCAGCACAGUAUUUCUGUCUGCCAAGAGCUUUCUUGAUCCUUUUGAACAUCUCAGUAAUUUAGAGACAAAGCGUAUGGUGCAGAAUUAUGUGGCCUAUCUUAAAGAUGAUACCCGCUUAAUCACCAAUCCAGGCUUAAAGAUGGAGGUUAAAAAUGAUGUUGCUGCCACUGGUCGAAUAAACACUGAAUGGUUGCGCCGGUAUCAUCACCGCCUGACCCACCAAGAGGAUUCUAUUGUACGUCGCUAUGUUGCCACACCUAGUGGGGUGUUUAGAACCUUCCCAGGGGCAGUGAUUGAUAAAACCAGUGAUCCAACCAAAACUGACUGGUACCAGAGGGCAGAAGAAUUCCCAGGUCAUGUGACUCUGACUCCACCCUACUUGGAUACACUAGGAGCUGGAUACAUAACUACAAUUAGUCACACCAUCUUUGAGGGAAAGCCUGCAUCUCUCCACAGUCCUAAGGAUAGGGUGGUGGCUGCCAUGGGGAUGGACUUGACCCUGGGUUUCCUCCACAAACUCCUGUCUGAGGUCAUUCCCACCUGUACACACAAAAACAUCAGAUGUUUUAUCAUGGAUGACAAAGGUUAUCUAGUGGCUCAUCCCAAAUUGAUUGAACCUAAUAGUAAAGUGGUUCAGCACAUCACUCACAAGGAACAAUUGGUAGCCAAUGAUAUUCUGAAUCAUAAACACUUUGUGAAGAAGACUCUGUGUAACAGUUACAAUGACAGGACGAUCCAGCGUUUCUACAAAUUUAACACCAGUCUGGAGGGGGUUCUCACUAACCUGGUCCACGGGGAGCACUGCGCUAGAUACCAGAUCACACACAUUCCUGGGACCAAUGCUUUCCUUGGGAUUGUGAACCACACCUGUAAUACAGACACAGCCUUCUGUCCAUGUAGCACAGUGGACCGUCUCUGUCUGAAUUGUAACCAGAUGGAACAGAUAGUGUGUGAAUGUCCUUGUGAGUGCCCACUGGACAUGAACUUUUGUACUGGAGAGCUUUUACAGGAAGACGACAGGAAUCCAUCAUGUGCCCACCAAGUAGAAAAAGAAUCUCAGAUACAUUUGAAUUUCCCACCUUUUAAAGAUGUUCACCAGUGCCAUGAACCAAAGUGUAAUCUGCUCACAACUAAAUUGGAUUGCAUCAGUGCCAUUGGAUGUGCCUGGUGUGAGCGACAGAAGCACGGACUGGCCACUGUAAAGUGGCCAUACUGCGCUGACCAGAGGCACUGCUUUGGUGGGGUAGAGGAAGCUGUCUCACCCUACGGGGACGAAAUCAGAGCCAUGGCCAACCAAGAUAAACCUAUACCGAUGAAGAGCACUCCUGUAGGACCAGUGGCUGGGGGAAUUAUGGGAUGUUUCCUGGUUCUAGCCCUGGGUGUGUACUGCUACCGACAUCAUAUUCAUCGUAAUUCUCACCAGUAUAUCAGCAACUUGCCAGAAAACCAGAACCGUAUGUCUCAUUUUUAUGAAGAAGAGCCGCACGAGCCGGCUGAUGAUAUUGCUACAGGUCACACUAACUUUGUGUUAGCUACAUUUGAUAAUCCUGCAAGUAUUUCACCUUAUCGCGUAAACACCUCAUAUCGACGCCCAGCAGGAGGGGACAGUGAUCACGGCUACAGCACGAUGACCCCCCACGAGGACAGUGAACAUGCUAGUCUGCCGUGUCUAGAACCUUUAAUAAAAGAGAGAUACAAACCAGGAUCUCUCAGUGUUGUUAAAAAUACCCCAGGGAAAAUCCCUCCUCCACCCAGUCAUUAUAGGAGGAGUAGGAGCCCCACCCCUCCUAAGUACUAUCAACCCAUACCUGAACAGACAGUCAUCCCCCCUCAGACUACCAUCAUUGAACAUCCUCAUAAUGUCAUAACCAAUGUUCAGGUCCAUAUGGUGGACACACACUAAACAUGUGCAUUUUGUAUAGAUCUGUGACAAGACAGGAAAAAUCUGUCAUUAGUGAGUUUGAUUAGUAGAAAAGGAAAGGUGGUGAAGUGCACUAAACAAUUCCCGAACUCUGAUUUCUCAAGGAUUAUAGAAGGAAAACUUGGUGCAUGCAGAGCCUCACAGAGUUAUUUUUCUGCCGGUGCAGGAAUCUUUUGUUUGAUGCAGAUUUUUCAGACGUAGUUUGUUGACUAUGUUGUUGUGAUAUGUAUAAAAAUCUAAGAAUUAGAAUGUACAAACUUCAUCUAAUUGGUGCCACAGAAAGAAAACAAAUGCACACCACAGAGAAAUAGGAAACUUCAUUUCUCAAGAAAAGAUUUCAUGCUGAUCUUUGUGAACCUCAGGAUUUUAAUAGGAAAACAUUUCAAAACUCCAGGGCAAUGUGAAAAUUUUGGAUUGAAGAUGUGACUUCAUGUAAAUUUACGUACUGGCCAGUGUUGCUAGAAUGAUUUAUUCAGGGAUUGUGUGCUGAUGUAUAGAUAUAGUGGGUGCUGCUGUUUCAUUCAAAGUGCUUUAUGUGUGUUGAUUGUGACUUGUGUAGAUAUCAAAUUUUUAUACAUUCAUGUGUAAUUGAUGCUAUGAUAGUUGUCUGUUUACAUAUUUCAGAUGCUGGUAUUUUUAUUUUUAUUUUAAAAUGCCUUUUCAGAUUUUUAUUAUUUGUAAUAUUAAAUGGGCAGUUUUUGCACCUGGAUUUUAUAUUUUUAGCUGUAAAUAAGAGGUUGUAAUAGGAAAAUGAUUAUGUAGGUAUUUGUGAAAUAGAAUUAAAUGUCACCUUAUUUGUAUAUGAAAUAAGCUACUAGAUAUUUUAUUUAAUGAAAGCUUAAUUACGUACAUGUAUAUUAUUAGUUUACAAGGUUGUCAAAUCGUUUUAAAACGACCCAUAUCAGAAAUGGACUUGAAGCCAUAAGAAUCAAUAUUUAUAUCUUAUGCAGUAAAUAUUUCUCUUUUUUCAAUAUUGCAUAAGGUUGUUAAAGUUUUGUAAUACAACCCAUUUAAGAAAUGGACUCAAAACCAUGAAAACCAUUGUUUAAUUAAUGUUGUAAAUGUAUAACUUUAUGCAAAAUUGAAUUACAAAUAUGAUGAACCAGCAAUAAACUGGGUGAAGCAGCAAAAUCUUGGUACAAACCAGAUGUCUUGACAUUUUAUUUAUUGUCUGUGAUGUUUGAGAGAGAGAGGGAGAGAGAGAGAGGGAGAAAAUGUUUUGAUUCAUUUGUUGGCAUUAAUUGUAACCAUGUUAAUGAUCAUGUGCUUUUUUCAAGAUGAAGUAUUAUAUUUUCUGAUUGUUGCAUUAUCUCCCUUUAUAGCAAAAUUUCUAAAGACAUGUUUAUUUUGUCUUACCUGAUAAAUAUGAUCUUCAUUAAUAGUUUUAGCUUUGGAUUUUUAGAAACGUUUUUUGAAUGAUAAUGUAUUAAAUUUUAAUAUGAUUUACUGUAAGAACCCAUUCUUUAUUUAAAGAAAUGAGAAAAAAAUCAUGAUAUACAUAUAUGUACAGUUUCUCAUAUUUCUCUCUAAUAUUUGUACAAAUAUGUUCAACUUUUGUACAUAGUAUCUCCACUCAGUGCAGUUUUGUGCAUUGAAUACAUGAACAAAUGAAAACUUUGUAAUAAAAAAAGAAAACCUUA